AAACAAGGAAGGUAGACUUUGACCAUGAACUCUUUUUUUGUCCCCCAUCUCCUAUGGACUGUUGCACUCUGACUACUCAAAACAGAAAAAACAGGUGUGAGGAUACUAUACUGCAUAGUGCACACUGCAUAGUGCACAAGGCUGCUGAGAGGAGCUGCAGUACACUGUGACUAAUCGCCGCAUCAGCUAUUUCUGGCACGCAGGCAGCAGAGUUCACUGAAGCUGCACAAAGGUGGAACAUGAGUGCCUUCGUCACUCUCGCAACGGGCCAGAGGAUGCCCAUGGUGGGCCUUGGGACUUGGAAGAGUGCACCAGGACAGGUACAGGUGAAACAGGCGGUGCUGGCAGCAUUAGACUGUGGCUACACACACAUUGACUGUGCAGCGGCAUAUGGCAAUGAACAGGAGGUGGGCGAGGCUCUGGCCCUCAGGGUCGGUCCCGGGAAGGCGUUGCGUCGCGAUCAAGUUUUUCUGACGUCGAAACUGUGGAACACCAAACAUGACCCCUCAGAUGUUGAGGAAGCAUGCAAGACCACCCUGGACCACCUGGGUGUCUCCUAUCUAGACCUCUAUCUGAUGCACUGGCCUAUGGCCUUUCAACCAGGGAAGGAGCUGAUGCCUCGACGAGAAGAUGGGAGUGUGUGUUACUCCAAUACGCACUACAAAGACACAUGGGCCGCCAUGGAGGAACUCGUAGACCAAGGUCUGGUCAAGGCCAUUGGUCUGUCCAACUUUAACGCCAGACAGACCGAUAACAUCAUCAGCACAGCCAGGCACAAGCCCGUGGUCAACCAGGUGGAGUGUCAUCCAUAUUUGUCCCAAGUCGAUCUUCUGGCUCACUGCAGGUCAGUGGCCGUGUGUCUGACAGCCUACAGUCCUCUGGGCAGCGGGGAUCGCCCUUGGGCCUCCGCUGAUGAACCUUGUCUGCUGCAAGACCAUCGACUGGGAGAAAUAUCCAAGAGGUGCCAUAAAACACCUGCACAGAUCAUACUGCGGUGGCACAUUCAGAGGGGUGUUGUGUGCAUCCCCAAAAGUGUAACCCCCUCCAGGAUCCAGCAGAACCUGCAAGUGUUUGACUUCACCCUGUCUGAGCAGGACAUGAAGCUCAUUGACUCCUUCAGUUGCAGCAAGCGUUUCAUCGUACCAACAGUGGAGAGGGAUGGCAAGAGAGUUUGGAGAGAUGCUGCACAUCCUCAUUUUCCAUUUCAUGAUCUUUACUGAGGAUGAAUAAUCGUCUGGAUUAGAACCUGAUUGACUUCCCCAUGAGAAUCAUUCACCCUCAAAUCAUUUCAUCCUUAACUGAGCGUGCAUGUAAAAAAAAUAUUCUCUGUAUAUUCAACAUCUAACUUAGGUAAAUGCUUGUAAGUCAAUUAAAUGUUUACCUAGCAAUAAUAUGAAGUGUCACAUCAGUUUUCUUUCAUCAUCCAUCAAAAUAGCAGUGCGUUAACAGCGCCACUGUGUGGUCAGUAUUACAAUUACUCACGCACUUGUUUGGGUAAAUGUAAUAAUUUCAAAACAAAGCACUAUUAACACUUUGUGAGAUUUUAUUUUCAACAAUAACCUUGACAAAUUUGUAAUACAUUAUAUGCUACUGUUUUAUUAAAAAAAAAAAGUAAUUUAGCGAUGUUUCUUUCCCCAUUUUCUUAGGGUCAAGCAUAGAAUCCUGCCACUAAAUGUAUCAUCAUAUACUGAAAACGAGGCCACUCGAUAAAUCCCCCCCACCCCACUGGAAAAGCUCGGUAACUCACCUUCCAUUUGCAAAUAUUCCCUUGUCCCUUCCCACAACAAAGCCAGGGCAAACAACGUGGCUACAUGCUGUCUCCGAGGGAAAUCAUACAAAAAAAACAGGUACACAGGAAAGAAGCACAAAGUCCUAAAAAGGUGGAAUCUGGUGAGAAUUUGUACAGGUAUUAUCCCUGUGCUGACCACUGAGGGGCAGUGUGUGACUUAUCCAUAAAGGUCGUCGUCGUUAUCUUCAUUGAAAACAGGGCCGGUGCCGCUUCCUCCUGUGCCGUGGCUUGGACCGCUGCCGCCUGUUGUACUUGUGGGGAACCUGACAAAGAAGACACAUUUAAAAGGAUUCUUCACUGCGUUGCUCUGACCGUGCAGAACAGGAUAAAAAACUUACCUGAAGCUGCCGAAGCCACGGCUCUGCUGCAGCGUCUGUGCAAACAUCUCGUACUUGCGAAUGUCAUUGUCACUGACUGAGCGACGGGCAAAUCGCAUGGCCUCUUCGAAGUGGUCCUUCCUGAUCUCAGGCACAGGGUCAUCUUCUUCCACCUCCUGUGACGAGCAAAAAGUGUUAGGAAAAACUGAAGGUGAUGCCCAGGCAAAGCAAGGAGGAGGAGGUGACAGACUGACCAUAGCUGAGGGGUUGGUCUGCCUCUCCCUCUCUCUGCGGAUCUCGUUCUCGAUGCUCUCCCUGAUGGCCAGUUUACACGCCCGCUGGCAGAUCUCUGUGAGGUCAGCCCCAGAGAAGCCACUGGUCAUCUUGGCCAGGAAGUCAAGGUCCACAUCCUGGGUUGAAAUGAAGAAAAAGGUCAGAUGAAACGGGGUUGUGAUUUGUCCAUGUAUUUUUUUGUUUUUCUGCCAAAAUGUUGUCUUUAGGCCUGGGAUCAAACAGUCGACAAAAAUGAACGCAAUGAUUUUGCCAGCCUCAAUAUUAAGGUCUUGUUUGUUGUCCUCAUCUCUUGCCUCCAAACAGCCAACGACAGAGUGCACCGGGUUAAGCACCUGGCUGAGUUUGUUCCAUAGAAAAUAUAAAAUGGAGUGAGCGCUCUUGUCAUCUACUAUCUUUGUCUGUUUGGGAGGGCGGGGCCGCAAUCAUACACACACGCCGAGUCCAAGUCAGCCACAUAAUUCAAACAUUGUUCAACAUUGUUCAAAUGUACAAUAAGGCUGCACGAUUAAUUGACAUCAAAGUUUUAAUUAGCCUAACCACAAGAGGCUGAAGUUUUUUUUGUUUUUUUUCCUCCACCGCUUGAG